AUGUCCCUGACGUUAUCACCUUGUGAUUCUUGCUUAACUCUAAGUAACAACGCACCGGAAUACAAUAAUAAACUAGUUAUGAAUUAUGUUAAUAGAAGACUAUCUCAAUAUUCAAAAGUCACACCAUUUAGAUCAAGAUCAAGAUCAGCAACGACAAUUGAAGAAUCAAUAACACAACAACCAUCAAUAAUAGAUGCUACCAAUCGAGAAUUAGAACUUGUGAUGAUUCAUGAUCAUCAUGAUAUUAAUAUAAAAUUAACUGCCAUUCAUAAUUUAAUAGAUACUCAUAAUAAUUCAGUAUCAAUGUCAGAUCUAACUGUUAAUCAUUUAUUAAUAUUCUUAUAUUAUAAUCAAUUAACAUUAUCAUUCCCACAAUUUUAUAUCAAUCAACUUGAAGUAAUUCAUUUAGGUAAAGUAUAUACUUUCAAUAUGAAUUCUGAUUCAUCAAGAUUAGUUGAUAUUAAUAUUAAUGCAUUUAAUAAAUUCUUGGUGAUUAUUAAACCUGAUAAUGCUGAUGGUAUUUAUAAAUUCUUUGAAAUGGAAACUUUUUUAAAACAAGAUCAAAAGUUUGUUGAUAAAUCAACUGGUGAAGUAACUUAUAUUGAUUCUAUUGUUAAAAAGAUAAAAGGAAGGUCUGAUAUUGAUAUCGAUAAUACUAAUCAGAGGAUACAAAAGAAAAGAAUAAGAAAGUCGAUCUUAAAAAUAUUAAAGAGACUUUAUACAUAG